UAAGGUGGACUUUAAUGGUGCUGCCAUAUUAAAAACAACCCAACUCCCAGCCAAGGAUUCGAAAUUGUUCGGGUGAUAGGGUUCCUUCAAGUGCCACAAACCAUAUCAGUAACACGAGUGUCGUUUAUCGAUUGUGGCGGUAGACGUUUGCAAAUGACACGGAUUCACUCGGAUUUUAACGACAAGCUAAUAUUAACUCACCAGAACAUAGACAAGUGGAUGGGUUGGUAACUGGCAGCUGAUGCGGCUGUUACCAAAACACAUAAAAACGUGUUUGCUAACCUACACAUCGUACCAAACAGACGAAACGCGUUUUACCAGCGUAAAAGGCCAUCUGAACAUUCGUUUAAUCGACUUCAUAGAAUCGUACGACGGACUACAUAACAGCUUAUUAUUAAUACAGGUAGAAGAUCAGCCACGGAAUGAGCGACCCGGAACUACUUCAAAAAGCAAAAAUCGAGUACUACAUUCGAGAGAAGCUAUGGAAUACAGCGCAAAACAUCGCCGUUCAAGCGAUGAAGCGAUUCACCACCAACCCUCUCUUCCAAUUCUACUACGCAAUCUGUCUCCAAUUGCAGGAGAACCCCCAGGAGGCGUUGCGGCAGCUGGAAGAUUUAAAAGGGAAAGAAAACUAUCUACUUGGUGUCAGCUACGCUUUGCUCAGGGUACACCAGAGCUUCACCAAUGUCGACUAUGAAGCAACUGCCAAUCUCGAGCUGACGAUUCGUAAUCUACGUGAAGAACGUAACGAGAAGCUUUUUUACCUAGCUGGUCUCUACUAUUAUAUGAUAGGAGACCUUGAGAACGCUAAGGAUUUAAUUGACAGGAUGCUUAAAAUAGCUCCACCAACGAAAGAAGGUCUCGUAUUGAAAGGAUGGCUAGAACUUCAACGGCAAGCAAAGACCAACGUUGUCCAGUAUUUCGAGUCGUCGGGAACAGCUAAUCCCGAGGCAAUUUUUGGCAAGAUCGAAGCGCUCAAACGCCAGGGUGAUUUGCACAAGGCACUUGACGUAGUAAAUCAAAGUGUAGUCUCUUUUCCAGGUAAUCUUCCGUCAAUAUUGGAGAAAAUAAAAGUGCACAUGGCUAUGGGGGACUGGGAUCAAGUAGUCGACACGGCCAACAGAGCUUUGUCAAUGGACACGAACUGCAUUCAAGCGCAGCGUUAUCAAGUUGUGCACCUGUUAAGUAAACAGAAUAACGUCAAGGAGGCCCAGCGGAGAAUACAUGAGGUACUGGCCUCCCUUGACAUCGCCGAGCCUCACAACUCCUGGUUGUACUACGAGACCGCUUCGAUAUUUAUCGUUGUCUCCGGCCGGCAACCACAGAUACUGGAGCAGUGUCUGGUACUUAUGGAGAAGGCCACUUCCUUCAGCUCGAAAAAUUCUAUUUAUGAGACGGGCGUUGCGAAAAUACUUCUUAUGCUAAAUCGCUACAAGGACGCUGACAAGCAUUUUGUGGCAGCGCUUCGCGCGGACGGAGAAAAUAUGGAGGCGACCCUCGGAAGCAUCCUUCUGCAGACACUGUCGCAGGGACCCGAAGGACUCGAAACGGCCGAACAGCAAAUCGACCUGUUACAGGAAGUUCAUCGGACACAUAUGACCCCGGAAAUGCUGUACACCACCGCCCUAUUACUUCAUCGGCAAAACAAAUCGCCGGAACGAGUGGCUCAGCUUCUUGACCAAGCAGUAAGCAAGCAUUACCAGGCAACAGAAGGUCAGCCUAAGAGUAUGGAAUACCUUUUGUCGCUAAACCCAGACUUCGUCGUACAACUAGUAAAACUGUAUUUGGAGUACGCGCCCGAACGGCCUUUAAAGGCGACAAGUGGUCAGACACUUCCAGAAGUGUUAAAGAAAUGCCAAACAGCGCUAAAACCCGUGUUACAUAUGUGUCCAGCACUCGUUGACGCAAAUUUUCUUAUGGCUCGGAUCAAAUACCUCUCUGGAGAUUCUACGGCGGCUCAGGCCCUUCUGGACAAGGUGAUCAACUUGAACCAACAAGUUCCGGCUGAUACGCACCUGCUUCUAGCACAAGUUCAACUCGAGCAAGAUGCAGUACAAAGUGCUCAGCAAACGCUUGAGAUGGCUCUUUCGAACAACUUCCAGGUGCGAGACAGACCACUUUUUCAACUGAUCAAGGCGAAAAUUCAUCGAAAAAAAGAGGAAAAUCAAGAAGCACUGACGGCUCUCAAGAUGGCCAUGGAUUUGGCAGGCCUUUCAGGUGGACCGGCUAAGGCAGCGCUCAAUACUAAUGACAAAAUGAAUCUUUUCCUCGAACUGUCGGAGUCCUAUCGUCUAUUGGGUGAUCAAAAGAAAGCCGAAAACAUUAUCAAAAAUGCCUUGGCGUACUUUAAAGGGAAGCCAGAGGAGGUUAAAGUAAAUAUUGCUGGUACGGAGCUAGCAUUGAGUCGAGGCAAUGUUGACCAGGCUCUAUCCCUUCUACAGGCUAUAGGCCCUGACCAGAACUAUUACGUCGAAGCACGUGAACGAAUGGCUUCAAUCUAUCUUCAGUAUCGUAAAGACACUAAACUCUUUAUUACGUGCUAUCGGGAUAUCGUGAAGCAUAAUCCAACAGCGGAUAGCCAUCUGAUGUUAGGUGACGCCUUAAUGAGAGUUCAUGAACAUGAACAAGCGAUCGAAGCGUAUGAAAACGCACUAAAGAAGAACCCCAGAGAUUACAUUAUUGGCCGAAAAAUGGGUCAACUUCUUGUUAGAACACAUUUUUACGAUAAGGCUAUCACCUUCUACAAAGCCGCUAUUAAAACUGGAGGCGAAUCUCUACUUCGAUACGACCUGGCCCAUCUAUUAAUAGGACUUGAGAGGUUUAAAGAGAGUGAAGAUGUGAUUAAUGCUGCAUUAGAGCCCCUUAGACAACAAGCUGACCUGCAAGCACUGCAGUGGGAAGCUAAAUUCAUGGUACUUCUGGCCAGAAGCUAUCGAAUGAACCCCGAAAAGGGCAAUGACGCAUCCAUCAAGGCGUACCAAAAAGCGUACGAUAUCCAAACUCGGGUCAUGAUGCGUGUCCAGCUAGAAGCUCCGGACUCGGCAGCUGAACAAUUAACCCAGGCCUUAGCGAUCUGCUCAAAACUAGCGGCACAUGCAGAAAGUAAAAAAGACUACCCACAAGCUCUUAAGUUUCUCCGCCAGGCUCUCCACUACGACCAGACAAAUGUUCGGUCACUCCUGGCUGUGGCAAAGGUGGAAAUGGCCUCAAACAAUCUGGAGCAGGCGCGGCAAUAUUGCAAUCAAAUUCUCAAGAUUGACAAAGAUAAUGAAAGCGCCACUCUGAUGAUGGCGGACAUCAUGUUCCGCAAAACGGACCUUGAAAAUUCACUGAUACAUUUUGAGAAGUUGCUUGUGCAGAAACCCGAAUACUAUCCCGCCCUGGCCAGACUCAUCGAAGCUUGCAGGCGGCUGGGAUAUUUGUACAAGUGCAAAGCUUUCCUCGACAAACCUCCAUCAACACCAGCCGCAGGCUUCUACUACUGCCGGGGGCUUUACGAUUGGUAUACUGGUAAUACCCAGACAGCGAUGAAACACUUCAACCAAAGUCGCGGUGAUUCUGAAUGGGGAAUUAUUGCUACAUACCAUAUGAUCGAGAUCUGUUGCAAUCCUGACAAUAACACACUUGGAUCAGAGACUUUCGACAGUACUGCAUCCGCAGAGGAGAUGGCUGGUAUAAUUGAGACAGCGGAGAAUCUCCUGGCCGAACUGAGAACUACGGUUCCCCCGAGUGACCUCGAUUUUCAGUUAAUGUGUGAUUAUGUUCUUCUAGCUAAAAAAACUAAGCCAGAUGCCGAGAUGGCGCUCAACGAUUUCCUAGAGAUUACGUCCGACGAAAAAUAUCGAGAGCAUGUCGGCGCUAUUUUAGGUAUCGCGACAGCCCAUAUGAUCCUUAAACAGGUACCAAAAGCGCGCAAUCAGCUGAAACGUGUCAUGAAAUCGCCAUGGAGUUUUAGCGACGCCGAGUACCUUGAGAAGGCCUGGUUGCUUCUCGCCGAUAUCUAUAUUCAUUCUGGCAAAUACGAUUAUGCGAGCGACCUGAUUAAACGUGUCCUUCAAUACAACCGGAGCUGCACGAAAGCUUACGAGUACAUGGGGUACAUUAUGGAAAAGGAGCAGAGCUAUCGCGACGCGGCCAACUGUUAUGAAUCCGCUUGGAAACAAACGCGAAACCCUGCAAUCGGUUAUAAGCUUGCAUUCAACUAUUUGAAAGGAAAGCGAUUUGUGGAGGCAAUAUCGGUAUGUCACCAAGUUCUAGGACUCUACCCAGACUACCCGAAGAUCAAAAAAGAUGUCAUGGACCGUGCGAGAGCAAGUCUCCGAAUGUGAUAAUAAUCAUACAAUGAGAAAUUUGCUGCAGUCGGGACCGGUAUUGUUUUUUCAACUAAUAUCGACCCAUUGUUUUUUUCAACAAACAUAUAUAUUCUAACACAUAUUUGACAACGCUCUCAUUUCGAGAGCCUUCAUUAUAUGAUAACUGACCCUUCAAGAUGGAAGUCGGUAAGAAGACGCGUAGACCGGAAGUUAUUUUUCCGCUUCCUAUUACAUUUGCAGAUUAACUUCUGCAACUAUGCCUAAAGACACUUUAGCAGACCUUUCCACUAAAUCUCAAAUAUAAGGCAUUUGUUGAUGGCCUGUGUCAAGUAAUUCUUCUAAUAACAUAAAUUCGACUUGAGGAGAAAGCUUUGAAACAAAGUGUGUUUAACGAAACAUAAGUAAAGAAAAAGAUCUGAUGAUGCGGUUAAAUUGUGUUGGACCUUUGAAAUGGUACCGAUGACGUGCUCGACGUCACAUCCGUUGCUUAUGGAGGUUCGCAGGAAAUUUUUUUGACUAAUCUAACUAUUAUUGACAGACCCCUCGGAUUCUCUCUUUCUCUAUGCGCAUAAGUAUAUAUAAAUAUAUAUAGGUAAAUAACAAGAAAAAUAUAACAACUAUUCGACAAACAUUGAUGGCGUUUUCAUAAAAAUGGAUGAAAAAUAGUUACUUAAUAUAGGGAAACGUUGUUCCAAGCUUUUAAUAGGUAGAUUGCUGUGCAGCUGACACUCAUAGCUGAGGGGUAUAUUCUAGGUUGUUAAAACAAAUAAUGGAGUGACCGUUUGCUGAUCAUCUACUUCUACAAAGUUUAUACCUAUUUAGUCAUUUAGGCAAUAGCAGGAAGAGAUAAACAAAGUUCAUGCGCACUUUCAUAUUACCUAAUUUCUGUAAGUCUUUGAAAAGCACCCCGUACAUGACAGCUUCUUCAAUGGCCUUGUCCAUUCGUGAUCCUUUAAUUUCCCGUUUGGACGAUUAUUUUUCCUAAGAGAUCGUCACAGACGAUGAGUAACGGCUACCUCAACGGGAAUACCAUACGAAGCCAUACUUUGCGCUUUAUUAACAAAUGAUUAUACUGAAUAAAUUUAAAGUAAAAUCCAUUAGUUUCGCUGUAACUUAGGCAAGGUAAAAUUACGUGUUCAUUCAUGUAGCGAACAACGAGAAUGCUAAGAGCGAGGCGCUAACUCUUCCAUCCAAGCUGGCAUAAAACGAAUUGAUAUUUAGGACAGAUGAAAAAACAAAGUUACGGAAUGAUGGCAGGCACUCUAGAUCUAUGGGAUAUCUAUUCUGUCGCUAAAGCAAACGAUCCUGAA